AUGUACCUAUUUAUCCCAUUUAUUUGGAUUUUAAUUAAUCAUGCUUAUAAAAUUAUGUCAAUGGAUUGUGAAUAUUCAUCACGCGAAUAUCAAGUUUUUCUUCGACCAGAUCUCAUGAUAAAUUCUUUUGAAACUGGUGUCAUGCAAGUUAUUGAUGAAUUAGUAAAAAUUGAAGAUUUAAAAAUGAUACCAUUUAAAGUAUUACAAUCAUCUUUGAAAUUUAAAAAUGUAUCCUUUACUCAAUAUGUUUCGGAUAAUAAUCGACCUGAAAAUGAUUUUUAUAUAAGACCAGUAUUUAAAUCACGACAAAAGAAAAUAACAGCACCAGCUGAUAUUGUAAUGAAAAUUUCAAAUAUUGAUCCAGCUCUUGCAUGCUUACAAUUAAAAAUUGCAGAAGAUUAUCUUAACAGUACAGUCGUUAAAUUUGAACUCGAUAUACAUACUGACAAUGGUAAGCUUACAGUUAAAAGUGCACAUAGUUUUACUACGAGUCUAUCAUUUGAUUUCGAUCAAAUAUCUCCAGUUAAUCUGUCUUCAAUUCUUAUUAAUGCUGGUACAGUUACUCGUUCCGGUCAACCAAUCAUUAUCGUACCUGAUUCAUUGGGCAAAGUCACUAUGCAAACAGCUGAAUUUACUAUUAGUUUGGCAGGAAAAAAAUUUGAAGCAGAAAUAAUGCAUUAUCCAAGAAUAGACGAUGUCAAAGCUGAAUUUUCUUUUAAAGUCAAAAGUACGAAAGUAGAUUCAGAAGUUCUUCGUGUUGCACAACAAUUAGUUGCUUAUUUAUCACAAUUACGAACGAUAGCUUUAUAUGCAUUUAUACAUUCAAAGGAUCAAUAA